CAGAGUCCCACACGUCACUUCUGCAUUCGGUGUCUGGGCGACCAUCAUCAUCCAACUUAUUAAACCUGCCAAUCCUCCCGAAGCUUGCAAACAGAGUGUUCCCUUGCUUUCGCCGUUAAUCCCAUCUUCUCUCAUCAACUGAUACCCACAACACUUCGUCGAGAUGGCCCCGGUCCUCGAUCAGCUCAGCAGUCUGCUGCAAAAACGCGCCGUCUGCCCUUCCGGCUAUUACUACGACAGUUACUACAAUGGGUGUGUUCGGGGUAGUGGCUGGUAUUGGUACGGACGCUGGAUUUUCGCCGCCAUCGUCAUUGUACUAUUCUUCUUGAUCUUCUUCCUAUGGGCAUGCCUUAACUCUCGCCGUCGUCGCCGCCAGGGAGUUCGGCCCAUGUACGGAACUGGUUGGAUGGCGCCUCCCCAGUAUUCUCCCCCUAACAACCCAGCGGCUUAUAACCCGCCACCGCCCGCAUACGGAGCGCCAUCACAGUCAUACCCUAUGGAAAAUCGUUAUCAGACUACCGAUGGCCACUACGGUCAACAAGCCAGCGGCGUUGAGCCUCCCAAGAACGUGUACGGUGGCCCCAACGACUAUGCGCCUCCCACCGGCCCACCACCAAACAAAUAGGCGCAACUUGUGUUAUUAGCGCUGAAUCGAAAAGGAUGAACGACUGAAUUCUUGUGCAUUGGAACGCGAUCCGUGAUGGAUGAUGCAGAUAGGAUUGUAUACCCGUUUGUAGCCUCAGGCUUGUUGGUUUUUGUCCCACUCUAGGACUCUCUUG